CUCGACCUGUUCCUUCAGCGCCUUGUUCACGGCCGGGUGUCCGCUGCCCAGACACGCGACGGCAGCCCCGCCGACGGCGUCGAGCAGCGUGCGCCCGUCGUCCAGCUCGAUGUAGGGUCCCGAGCCCGAGACCGCGAUGGGCGGUACCCAGGGCGUACGGUGCAGGAUCGCGGUCGUGGUCGGGGUCGGGGUCGGCUUGGACAUGGUGGUGGGAAGAGCGAGGUUCGGAUCGAUGGGACAGGACAACGAGGCGCAGAGGAACUUUGCUUUCAAAAGUGACUCGAUUCCACACCGCACCAGUGAUGAUGAUAUUUUAAUUUAUGGGUCUUCUCGAUCUGAGGCUGCUUUGCAUAUUUGCCGUCGGUGUACUCUUGCGCGAUGACACGCAGAUAAGCCGUGGAUGAUGGUGCCGAAGGGCCUCGUUAUCGGGUCGGAAGAGCGUCGGAAGUUGUGUUUAGGUAAGUAAAAUGGGAGGAAGAGGGCCUGUGCGUGUGAUUUACGUACGCGACUCCGUUCGCGACUCAUCUCCGCAUCGUCACCCGUAACCUGGUUCCGUCUCCCAGUAAACAUGCCUCACUUGUCCAGCAGCUCUUCAAAGGAUUGCUUUGCUCUCCUCUGAGGCUCGGUGGCAAGUAUAGUGGAUGCAGAAUUUCAGAUCGACCAAGCUGCGGCAUCUCUCGGAUCUGCCCCGAACUCUUCUACAUACUUCCCAACUCUCCCACUGUCGUCUUUUCGGCGCUUAAUCGGCCGCCCAUGGGUCUCAUCAUCGCCCGCGUCUCUCAGCGGUCAUGCGAGCUCGUCGGGAGCGCGUUCUCCGACUGCUACUCAUCCUAGGCAUCAUCGUAGCUUUGGGCCUCUACUCCAAGGAUCUCUCGCCUCCGCUACAGGACCUUCUGGAGCCAUGGAAUAGACAUUUGGUAGAGUUUAUGAACGAUGACGCGUUGGCUGAGAAUCACCUGGUGCCGGAGUUGCCACUCCCAGUAGCAGCCCCUCUCGGGCGGCACACGUAUCUAGACAACGGUCUCCUCCAAGUCAAUCCGGAAGGAGGACAUCCGAUCUUUGAGCUCAUUGCUAGCGCCGAAGAGAGCUGGCGAGCGAAGCGGGACAGGGCCAGCACCAACUUCCCGCAGGCCGUCGCGGAAUACAAGAGAAGAUACAAACGCAGCCCUCCGAAAGGAUUUGACGACUGGUGGAUCUAUGUUCAGGAAAACAACGUCCAGCUCCCAGACGAAUACGACACGAUCUACCACGACUUGGAGCCGUUCUGGGGAGUCUCGCCCGGAGAUCUCGGCGUCAUUCGCGAAGAACUCGAGGGCAAGUUCGACUCGUUCACGCUUGGGAAGACCGAGCAGACGGAUCGGGUCCGGGUGCUGAAUACGUCGCUGACACCGAGCCGCUACCACGAACUUUUGAAAAGCUCGGAGGGGAUCCUCGAUUUGUUGAACGAUGUCGCGGCAUCUCUUCCGCCGUUUAGGGCGGUGUUCUCGCCCCAUGAUGGCCCGAAUCGGAUGUCGGACUAUCGUGUGCUCCAGACGGCUCUGAAAGCCGCUUCAGAAAGUCGAUAUGUGAGCCGCAACGGGUUUCCGUCGAUCUAUCAUUCCGGCUGGAAAGCUGCUUGCAGUCCCGAUGCCCCUGCUGCCCGAGAGGACAUCGACCUCGAUGGGGAGCUGCCGGAAAAGUCGGCCGGGAAGAGCUUCGUAUGGGAUCACAGGCUAACCAUGGACCCAUGUCUCCAUCCACGACACUUCUAUCAACAUGGCCAAUUCCUCUCUCAUGGCAAGGGUCCCACGCCGCAGAAAGAGGUGAUCCCAGAGUUCUCGCACUGCACUUCGACGCUGCACCACAACAUCCGCAUCCCCACGCUCUAUGGCUGGGUCGACGACAUCUAUCCGCGGUCGGAUGAUCCCGAGUGGGCGGACAAGCCAGACGAGCGCCUGCUCUGGCGGGGCAGGAACACGGGCAUGGGCUACUCUGCCGAAACGCGAUGGGCCAACUCGCACCGCAUCCAUCUCGUCCGCGCCGCCAACGACCUGCGGGGGACCCUGGCACUGCUGCCGCCCACCGUCGGCUCGGAUGCAGCGGCAGCGCCCGUCGGCCACUCGGUUCGAGCGAGGAAGGCUCACGUGAACCCCGCCUUGAUGGAUGUUGCGUUCACGCAGGCCCCCAUCAUGUGCGAUGAGAAGACGUGCAGAGUGUUGGAGGAGCUGUUCCCGUGGCGGGAAUGGCAAAGUCUUCGGCAGGCCGGGAAGUAUAAAUACGUAAUGGACGCUGAUGGAAAUGGCUGGUCCGGGCGCUUCAAGCGGUUGCUCACAUCGAAUGCGGUGGUUUUCAAGUCUACGAUAUAUCCAGAAUGGUAUAUCGACCGAAUCCAGCCAUGGCUCCAUUAUGUUCCGGUCCAGCUGGACCUCUCAGAUCUGCACGACGCGCUCACCUUCUUCCGAGGCGAUGCAGGUGGAGUUGGAUCGCAUGAAGAACUGGCGCACAGGAUCGCUGUUGCCGGCCGGAUCUGGAGCAAAACCUUUUGGCGGAGAGAGGAUCUCGUGGCUUACUUCUACCGAUUGAUACUGGAAUACGCGCGAGUUAUGAGCCUCGAUAGAGAUGCCAUGUCCUAUCAUGGCUGAUUUGUGUUGUAUGUCUACGAAGGACGCUGAUAAUCAAGCCGUUCGGUCGACUUCCAGACUGUUCGAAUCAGGGCUUCCUGUUGAGCCCUUGCCGAUCGACCCUGUGCAUCUUGCGAACAUCCGCGGAUAGCCAGGUAUCGCCUGCCUCCCAGAUUGGCCAUGGGAAUGGGAUCGGUAUCUUUCAGGCCGACGGGAGGAUUCGAGUCAACGACGAUGCCUCCUGUUUGUAAGAGAAUAGCGAUCCCGGCGCAAACGUCCUGUUAAGGCGUCAAUGAUGGCUCGGGAAUAGCAUAUAAGGAAGUUCAGACCCAUUCCCAACAACCGGCUUCAUCAUUGUAAGUACAAGACAAGAGGAAGAAGAUUGAGGUACACACCUUCGAACAUGAUAUCUCCCUGGCCACUGGCCACAUACACCAUGUCCAUCGUUGAGCUGUUUCUACGCGUAAGAGCCGGGCGCAUUCCUAUCUGAAAGGAGACACACCUUCCCAGGCUGCGAAUGCCAUGGACCAUUCCUCCCUUGCCGCCUCGCCCGCCAAUCUCAGUGGCCAUGUUCACGAAAUUGGCUGCCUUCUUCGUGAGAUUGGAUUGGGGAUGGUCACGUCGGUCCUUCCCGUACUCCCCGAAGAAGAGACAUCUGCAAGCAGCUUGAACGUUCGCCCGAUACGCAGGACAAAGGGAUACCGAACCCUUUCGGUGCAUCGGGCGGUAGGGGUGGGGCAGGAGAGACAAGCGGAAGAGACGUCAGAGGACCUUGCGGGCCAAACUCGGACAUCCAUGCGCCGCCUUCAGGAUGUCUGAUCGCCGAGUACAGGGUCCCUGGCACCCAAUCAGCGGGUACUUACUCCAUAAAACGCGUAGAUUCGGACCUUGGCCGCCAAGGAAGGGAGCGAACACGACACCGAUGGUGGGGAUGGAUUCCAGGCAGAAUCCGAUGGAGAUUGCAGUCAUAGGGACUUGUAGGAGCAUCAGAUCGAGGCCGGAUUAUAAGGCAAUUCGAGCGCCUACACAUGUGCACCAUGUUGACGGUCCCAUCUAGCCGACGGCGCGUAAGUAGACGGAAAAUAACCCAUAGGGCUUUGGACGUGCCUAUUGGGUCCACGAUCCAUGUGGGCCCAUCCUUCAGCAGAAACCUCUUUUCCUGCCCUGCGGAGUAGGACUCUUCGCCGAUGAACUGCACGCUGGUCGGAACUGCUGAGUAACUAGCACAAGAACGGUGUACACACAUCGUGGUCCGGGAACUCUUUCAAGAUAGCUUCUCUGUAUUCGAACAUCAGCAAGGAGACGAUUCGGUACCAUCUAAUUUUCAGGGACACACCGGAUGAGUUUCUCUACCCCCUCGUCUGCGUCCGUCACAAGAUCGACGGAGUUCAGCUUCUCUCGGGUGUCGAGAUUGACGUUGCGCCUGCGUACUUGGUCCUGGCGCAAAUACUCCCCCGCUCGGCGCGCAACAUCGCACGCGACAUCGUGAAAUCUGCGGAGCUCUUCGAUCGAAGUCAUGGUCCGUCUCCAGGAGUAACGAGUUCUAGAGUAUGGGCGGCCCGAGCACGGAGCUUGACUGAUAGUCUGCCCGGAUAUCUCCGCUCCAGAUCACGUAGGGCUUGGCUGACAAAUGCCUCACUCAUCUCUUCCCCUUGAGCUUGUGCGCGAAAUCGCCAACCAUGUCGUUGCCUGCCGUGUCGCACCACUGUCUUCGAGUGCUGACAGAAAAGAUCCCUGGUCCUCGAUAAACGCGCUGUCUCGGUCGUGCAGGGCGUAUAGGGCGCUGGCGCUGGAGGCGUGGUUCUACGUUCUGUGUGCGGACUCGGGAGAUUUCAAGUUUCUGACGGAUGGAAGCCUUCCUGAAGUUCGGACGGUAUGGACCAGGGAAAUGCACUGCACAUCGCACAACUCGUCAGCGACUAAGUGGGAUCUGACUGGUUUUACACGCUUGCACACCAUCCGUUGGCACUCUCCCCCUGCACGCGUGCGAGACGAGCUCCCAUUCCGAAACCUGCCGGAGAUCCUGGAACUCGACAUCCGGGACCUCAAAUGGCCCUCCCCGUUCCUCUUCUACGCGGUGUCGGGACGGUUCCCCGACCUGAGACGCCUGCUGUUGUCGGUAGACUACAUCUGGUGUGGGCUCUGUCAUCUAUGCUCCUCCGCCGAGUUUGCGGAACCCGUGCCCGCGAGCAUUGUGUACAUGGAUGGACUGGGUCUUCCCGCGCUUUCCGCGCUUUCCCAUCUCUCCAGCGUCUCGAUUCAGGUGCCGUAUAGCCCAGGCGCGUCCAUCCACCUCGACGCGAAGGAUCCGAUGCGGGAUCUUUGGGCAGGAGAGUGCGAUAGUUGCGUGGCCGUCUUGUAUCCGGAUGAGGCGUUCCGGGAGCAAUGGAAGGCUCGCAAGCAAGGCCUGUUGAAAGAUUCCAGCCAGGACGCCCGGAAGCAGUAUGUCAAACCGCCAGCACUGGAGAGAGUGGAAUGGAUCUUUGUGAAGUCCGAAGAAGACGGCGAUUAUACAGAGUCGGAUGAGGAUGCAGUCAUGUAGCUUGAUUAAUCGCGGGGAUGUAUGACUGCAAAUUCACUUAUCGAUAAGAUAACAAACUGCACGUGACGAAUACGCUAUGUCACAGUCAGGUGUUGUGACCUUCUAUUAUUGUUCGAACUUUGCGGACAUUCGUCUCUUUAUCCAUCCUUCUCCACCUCCACCGAUGCCAGCUAGUAGCCACCGUCUGGUUAACACUCACCUAUGAAACGCACUGUGGCUACUCAGUUUGAUCCCCGCGCGGGCCACACUCACCCGCAAGCCCCAUCCCAUGGCGAGGAUGACGAGUCAGUCUUGUGGAGAGCGUCGCAGACCAGCAAUCGGGCAUUGGAUUCGCUCAUGAUGGAGGCCGCUGAGAACGAUUCAGGUCGGAUAGUGGCUGAUAACUGGGGAUGGAGCUCGCCUGGGGCGUCGACUUCUCAGCUCACCGUCUCGGACGUCUUCGACUCACCCGUUACCACCGAGUUGUCCGCCCCGUCGAGCAAGCGGCGCACCCGGGCGUCCAUUUCGCAGCGUGGAAAGAGCCUCUCCGAAAACUGGACCCCGUCGCUCGGAUUCGGGAGUGGGGCGUCGAGGACGCCGGAUACCGUGCGCUUCAUGCGGCUCGUGCAGGGGGUCUCCAAGCAGGCUGACGAGCGGGCCGCUUUGCGCGCUGCGAGCGGGGACCGCACGACCACACCAGCACCGCGCAGCAGCAGCGGUGGCAGAAUGGGCGUCAAACAGAGCACGAUGUCACGGAAGCCGCUUUCCACGGGGUCGUCUGUGCGUCAGGUGAAGGGUAAAGAGCGGGAGCGCGCACCCAUGAGCCGCGCGUCGUCGCUGAACUCAAUCCCAUCGCUAUCACCGUCGUCUGUCUCCUCACCGGACUCCAAUUCGUCGUUUCACUCCGUUGACACCGUUAUGACGAGCCCGGAGCCUGAUGAGGGCCCCUUGGAACUCAUGCCACCGCCGCCGAUACCAGCGAACAGACUUCCGCCGCAAGAGGCGUCGCCUUCUGCGUUGGCGAAGGCGAGGAACGAGCCCCGCGUGACAAAGCGAGGUGCUUCUCCCACCCGUAGCAGUCUGCAUACAACUACGAGCGUUAAAUCCGAGCUUCGAUAUCAUCCGAUGAUCAUCGAGAAACAACCGCCGCGAAAGCAAGUACCCAAGACGGCCGAUGCACCUCUCGCGCCCCUGGUACUCUCACAACCUGCGACUCAGCAGCGCAAAGGGCCUCCGGCUCUCGGCAUGCGGCGAGCGAAAACCAUACCAGGCCAGGAACCUCUGCCCGCGUCUCAAUUCCGGCCCCCGAAAAUCAAACCGUUAUCCACCGCCCCCGAUUGUCGACCCCCGAAGGCGGCGGCAGCGGAUAUGCGGGCUCUGGUACAUCCCCGUGUGCAGCAGGUCGUGCAGCGGUCGGGGCCGCCUUCGUCGCCCGACAAGCCGGUGGGAUCUGACUCGUUUGAAGAGAUGGAUUCGUUUGAUUUAGAGGACUUGGAGAAGGUCAUGCAGGAGUACGAUUGAGUAUGAUGGAUGCGUCUUGUACAGACAUGGUACUAUGUAUAUAUCGCUGUCGGCUACGUUGCUGCAGUGUCAUAGCGGCUGAG